CCCCCCCCCCCCUUCUCCCCCCCCCCCCCCUGCUGGCCCGCCAGUUCUCACGACCCGAAAGUCAUGCCCCCUUUUGAGAAGAAGUCCUCCGGCUCCGGAGAGAUCCACUCGGUCUUCCGCAUCAAGCCCUACUUCUUCCUCCAUGUGCUGAACCAGAACACCAACGUGACGGAUGUCAUCUGCGGGCCGCGGACGUUCAUCUGCCAGGACCACGAGCGCGUGGUCCUGGAGCCGACGCCCAUGAUCAGCAUCGGCCCGGCCGAGUACUGCAUCGUGGAGAACCCGGUGGCGGUGGACCCGGCCACCGGGGCGAUUCGCCGUGACCCGGCCACCGGGCAGAUCCUGCUGCAGCUGAGCGAGACCGAGGUCCGCCUGGCGCAGCCGCCCUUCCCGCUGUACCCCGGCGAGAAGGCCGGCGAGCUGUGCAAGCUCAAGAGCAUCGACGCGCUGUCGUCCUUCCGGAUCCGCGCCACCCGGCAGUUUGACAUGGAGGUGACGGUCCCCUUCGGCCAGCCGAAGGCGCUGGCCGCGGCGCAGGCCUUCGACCCCGGCCUGACGCGCCUGCUGAAGGCCCUGCCGGCGGAGGAGCUGGCCGCCGCCAAGGCCGCCGGUGUCCCGCGCACCUUCACCAUCACUCGCCACAUCAGCGACGAGUGGAUGCAGGCCGGCCCGUCCACCUUCAUCCCCUCGCCCAAUUAUGUCAUGGCCAGUGUCGUGUCGGCGCACAUCCUCCGCAAGGAUUCGGCCAUCCGCCUGCUGGCCACGGCCAACUGCGUGUCGCAGCACGACGGCGCCGACCGUGUGGCCGGCGAGGAGUGGCACGUCCCCAUCCCCGGUCCCUAUGUGCCGGGUGUCUGUGAGCAGGUCAUCGGCGUGGACACGGCCCACAUCCUGUCCGAGGGCCAGGCCCUGCUGCUCAGUGCCAAGCACACGUUCGUCGAUGCCUAUGGCAAGCGCCGGCGCAACGCCGAGGAGUGGCUGAUCACCUACCAGGACGCCGAGUCGCACCUGCUGGACGUCCACGAGCAGCUGGUCAAGUAUGUGAACAUCACCACCCUCAGCUCGCGCCAGUACUGCGUCAUCCUGGACCCGGUCUGCCCGACGACCGGCAAGAACAUGCUCGGCCAGCGGAAGCUCCUGCGCGGCGAGCAGUCCUUCUUCCUCAAGCCCGGCGAGUCCCUGGAGAAGGGCAUCCAGUCGGUGUAUGUGCUGAGCUCCGACCAGGGCCUUGUCCUCCGGGCGCUGGAGGAGUUCACCGAUACCUCGGUCCGGCCGGGGGCCGCGGCCGGCGCCGGCCCGGUCACCUACAUGCCCGGCGACCGGUGGAUGAUCUUCGGGCCGUGCGAGUAUGUGCCGCCCACCUCGGUGGAGGUGGUCUGCCAGCGGGAGACCAUUCCCCUGAGCGAGAAUGAGGGCAUCUAUGUGCGGGACAACCGCACUGGCCAGGUCCGCCUGGUGCACAGCCAGUCGUACAUGCUGCGCGAGGAGGAGAUCUUCUUCAACAAGGAGCUCCCGGCCGAGAUCGAGGCCCUCAUCAGCAUGGACCCGGUGUCGGAGCGCUUCUCCUCCUCCAAUGCCAACUCCCUGACCCGGCAGGCUUCCUCCCGGCGGUCCAAGCAUGCGGCCGUCAAGUUCGGCAUCCCGCACAAUGCCGCGGUGCAGAUUUACGACUACCGCGCUCGUGUGGCUCGUGUGGAGAUCGGCCCGGAUCUGGUGAUGCUCCAGCCGGAUGAGAUGUUCACCCUGCUGAGCCUGUCCGGUGGCCGGCCCAAGCGCCCGAAUGCCAUCAAGUCCAUUUGCCUGCUGCUGGGCCCGGACUUCUGCACGGACAUCAUCACGGUCGAGACGUCGGACCAUGCGCGCCUGCAGCUGCAGCUGGCCUACAACUGGCACUUCCGGGUGCCGCCCACCCCGGGCCCGGGGGAGGACCGGACCGCCUUCAAUGAGGAGAUGCGCAAGCUGUUCUCCGUGCCGGACUUCAUCGGCGAGAUGUGCCAUGCCAUUGCCUCGCGCAUUCGUGGCACCGUGGCCUCGGUCCCCUUCGACGAGUUCCACCGGCACUCGGCGCGCAUCAUCCGAUCCAGUGUCUUCGGCGAGACGGCCAAUGCCACCGCCAUGGCGGCGGCGGCGGCGGCGGCCAGCCCGAGCACCGGCAUGGAGCCGACCAUGGUGCCGACCAUCGGCGGUACCACCGCCACCUGCCAGGAGUUCGUCCUCUUCUCCAACAACCUGGUGGUCACCAGUGUGGACAUCCAGUCGGUGGAGCCGGUGGACCAGCGCACUCGCGAUGCCCUGCAGAAGUCCGUGCAGCUGGCCAUCGAGAUCACCACCAGCAGCCAGGAGGCCACGGCCAAGCAUGAGGCCGAGCGCCUGGAGCAGGAGGCCCGCGGUCGACUGGACCGCCAGCGGAUCCUCGAUGAUGCCCAGGUGGAGAAGGCCCGGCAGGAGCUGCUGCAGCUGCAGUCCGAGUCGGCGGCCGUCGAGAGCCAGGGCUUUGCCGUGGCCGAGGCCACCGCUCGGGCCGAGGCCGCGGCCAUCGAGGCCCGCGCGGCCGUCGAGCAGGCCCGCCUCCGUGCCGAGGCCCAGGCCAUCGAGGCCCGUAGUGAGCUUGAUCGCCUGUCGGCUGCCCGCGCGGCCGAGAUUGACUUCCUGCAGAAGCAGCUGGAGCUGGAGGUGCAGAAGUCCCGCCUGCUGGCCGACAUCGAGGCUGCCAAGUUCUCCAACAUGGUCGGCAGCAUCGGCCAGGCCACCCUGGUGGAGAUGGCCCGUGCCGGGCCCGACGCCCAGGUCCGCCUGCUGCAGUCGCUCGGCAUCCGGAGCACCCUCAUCACCGACGGCAAGAGCCCGAUCAACCUCUUCCAGACGGCUCAGGGGCUCGUGGCCCCGCCGCCGUCGGCCGGCGGUCUGCUGGCCGACGUGACGGCCGGCGCGGUCCCCGUGUCUGGCGCUGGUCAGGCUGCCCCGAGUGUCGCUGCCCCUGCCAGCAAUUGAAAGCGCGAUGAGCCGGGCCCUUUUGAUACAUUUGGGCGGGGGCUGGCCGUCGUGUGGGGACAUGAUGCUCCCCUUCCUCCCAAAAUAAAUCCACUCGCACAUGGCAUGUCAGUCCAGCCUGCGCGCGUGCGCGCGCGCAC